AUGGGGGAGCCAGAGUCUCCAUCCCCUCCAGCCCCCCAGGCUGCCCCAGGCCUCCUGGACAGCCACUCUGAGAUGAACAACUACCGGCGGGCCAUGCAGAAGAUGGCAGAAGACAUCCUGUCACUGCAGAAACAGACCAGCAUCCUGGAGGCAGAGAAUCGCCUGCUGAGGAGCCAGCUGGCCCAGAAGGAGGUAGAAGAGGAGUCAGCCAGCCCUGGCAAGGCCCAGAACCUGGCAUCCAUGAAGCAGAAACUGCUGCUGAGCCAGCUGGACAUGAAGGAGCGGAGGGACAAGCGUUUGCAGAACGAACUGAUUCAAAAGAACGAUCGAGAAAAGGAGCUGCUCCUCCUACACCAGGCUCAACAGCCACAGGCUGCACUGCUGAAGCGCUACCAGGACAAACUGCAGAAGAUAAAGGCGCUGGAGGAGACCGUGAGGCACCAGGAGAAGGUGAUCGAGAAGAUGGAGCAAGUGCUGGAGGACAGGCUGCGCAAGAGGAGCAAGCCCCUGCAGGACAAGCCGCAGGGAAAGCCCAGCAUGCCCUUCCCCAUGCUCUCGGCCUCUGGCCUUCCCCCGGAUCCUACGGGCGAGAAUCUGCCUGUUGACGUCUACUCGUUGCUGCUCACGGAAAACUUGAGACUGCAGGCAGAGCUGGAUAAGAACUGCCACCAGUCAGCCCCCAUCAUUCUGCAGCCACAGGCCCUGCCGGUGGUCCCUGGGGAGUUGGGAGCAAGAGGAGACCUGGCAGAGAGACUGCAAGAGACAGAAGCCCCGGGCCACUCCAGGGGCACCCUGACCACACAGGAUCUCCUUGCCAAUAAUUCAGACAAGUUUAACCUCCUGGCCAAGCUGGAACUAGCUCAGAGCCGGAUCCUGUCUCUGGAAAGCCAGUUAGAGGACUCAGCUCGGCGCUGGGGACGAGAGAAGCAGGACUUGGCCACACGGCUGCAGGAACAAGAAUAUGGCUUGCAGCACCCUUCCAACAUGGUCACCACAGACGUGCCCAACCCUUCCAAGGGCCAAACGCAACCCUCCAAGUUGGACCCCUUGAUGCCCAGCUCAGAGACUAAGCUCAACAAGCUCUCAAAAUCUCAACAGACUGACUCCUAG